UCCAAGGACCCAGCGAUGGCUACGAUACCAAAAAUCCUGCUGACGUGCGCGUCGAUCGUUCUGCUGGCGAUCGAGGUUGCCUCGGUCGAUCGCGUCGCCGGUGAUCAUCGCGGUUACACCAGCCACAGACUGAUCUUUCCGCUCUGGUACCACGAGAAACUGGCUCGUACGCGACACGAUCGCGACGCGAGGAGUUUCCAACAGACGACCGCGAAGAGCUGGUCGCGCCAGGACGACGCGCUCGAGCGAUACACGUCGACGAUCGCGCCGCAGACCGGUGCGCCGAGACAUCACGUGGAUCAUCGUUUCCACGAGCAACGUCCCGGUGCCACGAAACAGGAGAAAUUCAGCGCAGUCGCUGAGUACGGCGGGACCAGGGCUGUCGCCUACGCCGGUUAUCACAACAAUCAUCGUCAUCAGCCGCGGGAAGCCGUCACUCAGAGCUAUCAGCAUCUCGCGACAACCCCGACGACGUACACGAAACAUCAUCCCGGGAGACGAGUUUGCACCAGAUCAGUUCCUAGUUCUACCGUGCAUCAUCAUCGAAGUGGACAAAUUAGGUACCUUAAUAUCUUUAACAUUAAAACCGACGCGACUUCCGGUUUCUUGUGCUGCCCAGGAUGGACUCAAGCGACUCAGAUGAGUUAUGGGUGCAAUAAACCUACCUGUCUAGGUUCCUGCUUAAACGGAGGAAUAUGCACUUCCCCCGGCAGGUGCACGUGCCCCAAAGGAUUUACAGGCAACCAGUGCCAGACAGACGUCGACGAGUGCGUGACAGAGAAGCCCUGCGAUCAGCUCUGCAGAAACCUACCCGGGACCUACGAGUGCCACUGCAGGCCCGGUUUUCAACUCCAGAAAGACGGCCAGUCUUGUCGAAAGAACGACACCGACGACAUCGCGUUCGAAGCUCGGGACCUGGAGAAGGACUUCCACGAGGCAACAACGACGAGGCGUCCGUCAAUUUCCUCCCACGAUACGGAGAACGAGGUGUCCGACGGUGACCUUGAUCAGGACUACGAGAUUAUCCUGAAAAGGCUCACCAAGCUCGAAAAGCAAUUUGCAAGAGGAAGGAAGAGAGAUACGGAAGCCACGGAAAUGAAUAACAAGGUUGCAUCAGUUAUAGAAAGUAUCAACGUGAUGAAAAGGACUGUUGAAAAUGUACAACACAUGCAGCAAGAAAUAUACGAGAUGCGUGGUAAACUGCGGGAGUACGAGUUGGAGACCAGAAAGAUCCAACACUUGGCGAACCGAGUAGUGGAGUUGGAAAAUCGUUUAAGAUUACGAUGCAGAACAACAAUUCCGAUAAAAAGUGGUGCAUUAAAUUUUUAAUAUCGUUGCAAACG